UUAUACGUGUAUGGGAUGUGAAGCCUCACGCCAGCCACAUACAUAUCUCUGUCGUUCUCUAAUUCUCUGAGGAGCAGCAGUAAACAACGCUCAUUUGGGAGAUAAAUGUGUGUGUGUGUGUGCUGGUGAGGCGUAUCAGAAUUUGAAGACGCGUUGUCAGUUGUUGUCAGCCUGUUGCGCGCGUCGGUUGAUUAUUUGAGCCGAAAGUUACGAUCAGUUGCGCUACAAACUUUGUAGGGGGAAAGUCUUUUUGGAAUAACAAUAAACCCAGGCUUUUAAAAUGAAAAUCGAGCUAACCGUCGAUCGUGGACCAUGCGACACAGAGCUGCGCAGCUGGUGUUUGGGCAUAGCCAUCUAUACGCUAAUUUCUAUAGCAUUGAAUACGCUAUUCGCGCCAAAUGCUCUGACUUUUAUUGGAUUCGCAAUUGCGGUCAUUGCAAAUGUUUGCCUGCUCAUUGGCUGCUUGCGGUUUAACCAUAUCUUGGUUGGCAUUUGGUUAAUCUAUGCCCUGCUCAUUGCCAUCAACUUUCCGUUUGCCAUCUUUGGCACCAUUUUCCAUUUUGGUGGCUAUCGCGAGGCAUCGGGCUUCAACAACGUGAUCCUCGCGCUGCUCUUCUACAUUGUUAUGAUGCUUAUUUGCCUGUUCUGCGCUCGCAUCGUCUACUCGUACCAUCUGGCGCUGAAGAACCGUCAGGGCAAUCCGCAGCAUACGGUCGUUGUCUGAAUUUCUUAACUUUUUGCAUUUCGUGUUAAAUCUCUCCUCAUUCGUUUUAUGCUUCUCCGAAUUGCAUUAGCUGGCAAUUCGUUGUAAUUUAAGAGUUUACCGUGUGCCUUCAUUUUAUACAAACAUAUUUAUAAAUAAAUAAAUAAAUAUUUAACAGAGUUCUCGUUGCUGUUGCUGAGUAAUGAAAGAGGUUUGUGUGUCUGGAAUUGCAAUUUGUCGUUUACUUCGGCUAUCAGCUAUCAACAGUUGAAAUAUACACAUACAUAUACAUAUACAGGGUGUGUGUGCCACUACUCUAAAAGCUAAACAUUUCACAUAGGUCUUACUCAACAAGCUAUAAACAUAAUAUUCAAUAUUAAUACAUUGUAUAAUAUAUAUACUAGACUGCAUCUAUCUAACUAGCUAUUCGUAUCGUUACUUGACUUCCGACUCUCUCUCUCUCGCGUUCACUCUCUUUAAACAUAAAAUGGAAAAUUGGUCUUGUUGGUUGUUUUUUGCAUGAAACUCGUCUCCGCGUUCUGACU